GUCAUCGAGUCUUGGAGUGACAAGCCUCCGCCUGACCAGACCAUGUCUCUCAAGACAGCAGUGAUUGAGUACCCCAUGAUGUGUCCGAACCUUGAGAACGACGAUCCGCUGUGGGGGGAUAUUUUCAAAUUGCUGUACGCGAAGUAUUCGCCGGACAAUUUUGACAGGUUGCCAGAGUUGCACAACAAGUACGGUGAGUGCAAGAGGGAUUGGUACGCCAUGUUCGUGAAGGCCAACCUCCUCGACAACGACACGCUGCGGGCUGUUCUGGGUGGUGUUCUCCAGGAGCAGACCUCAGAGGUCAAGGACGACCAGCAGGUCGCGGCCACCAUCCCGGAGAGCGACGAGGAGGAGCCAGCCAAGAAACGCAGGCGCGGCAAGAAACGAUGCCGGCCUGGAGCGAACGACCGCCGGGCUGCGAAGGCACAGAAGGCGCAGGACGACUCACAGAGACAGUCCACGGCUGCGGCCGCCGGAGCCGCGGAUGGGGGGAGCACGUGA